ACCUCUUCUGUCCUGGCACCUGCACGAGCUGCAGCUGAAGGCUCAGGAGAAGGCUCCAGUGCCCAGGCUGGAAGCUCAAGCACGAGCAGCUCGUGCACCUGGAGCACGACCAGCUCAUCUGGCAGCAGAGAGCAGCAGCAAGAGAGGACAGAGGACAAGUACCUGGCCAUGCUGAAGAUGCUGGUGAGCGAGGGAGAUCCUGAGGCUAAAUACACAGAACUGGAGACUAUUGGCAAAGGGGGUUUCGGCACUGUGUGCAUGGCAGUGGAGACUGCCACAGGAGAAGAGGUGGCCAUCAAGAAAAUUAGUCUCCUGCAAGAGAGCAGCAGUGAGCUGUGCCUGAAUGAAAUCCAGGUCAUGCGUGGCAGUAAGAAUGCCAACCUUGUGAACUAUGUAGACAGCUACCUGGUGGACGAGGAACUCUGGCUGGUGAUGGAAUACAUGGAUGGAGGUUCUUUACACGAUGUCAUCAGGGAGACUCGCAUGGCAGAAGGAGAGAUAGCAGCUGUCUCUCGGGAGUGCCUGCAAGGCCUGGAUUUCCUGCACUCCAAGCAAGUGAUCCACCGAGAUAUCAAAAGCCACAACAUUCUCCUGGGCUUGGAUGGAUCAGUCAAGUUGGCUGAUUUUGGCCUUGCUACUCAGCUUACUGCUGAGCAGAACAAACGGAGAUCAGCUGUUGGAACGACUUACUGGAUGGCGCCAGAAAUUUUCACCAGGAAGCCCUACGGCCCCAAAGUGGACAUCUGGUCCUUUGGCAUCGUGGGGAUCGAGAUGGUGGAAGGAGCGCCUCCGUACCUGAUGAAAACCUCCCGCACGGUUCAACAGCUGAUAAGCACCGGCCCCCCGCUGAAGCUGCAGAAGCCCAGGCAGCAGUCGGCGUGGCUGCGAGACUUUCUGCACUGCUGCCUGGAGAGGGACGAGGACAGGCGCUGGUCUGCCCAGGAACUUCUGCAGCAUCCGUUUGUAACAUCAGCCAAGCCAGCCUCCUCCCUGACACCUCUGAUCAUGGCCACGCAGCAGUUCAUGACCAACAGGAGAUACUAGCCCUGGAAGAGGCCUUUGUUGUUGUUUGUUGUUUGAAGUUUGUAGUUUGUAGUUUAUAGCUCGUAGUUUGUAGUUUGUUAUGAGUGAUAGUCAGAAUAAAUACUAUAAUAAAUAAAUAAACCCUUCGUGUUGGAAGCUUCCUUUUGUUCUCACCCUGUGAAUAAGCUCUAAAUUUGCUUCUGAAUGGUCAGGUGUUUCUGCUAUGUGGGAAGACCCAUGGAUGGGGUUUG